ACUGGUCAUACCCGGCAUCACGAACAUCAUUUCUUGUUCUCUCUUUCAUUCAUCACCCGGACUGCCUUUCUGCUGCUGACCCUCUUCAUGCCAUUGCUUCCAGGAAUAUUUGCUAAACGAGAUAAACAAUCUGGUCCUCGCAGUGCACCAUCCAAUUUAAACGUCCCAACGACCCCGACUUCUAGAGUGUCCAUCUCGAGCGGCACCUUAACCUCUUCAGAACCAGAUUAUGUCUUUCCAGACAAGUCUUUAAAGUUUCUUCCGGCCGCAGCUUAUGCCGGUCAAGCAGCAGCAUCGUCGAGCAAGCUAAAGUUGCCAUUCCGUCGGAGACCUGUACAUCAGCCACAUGUCGCAGGCACUUCCACAAGCGUCUUUUCUCUCAACGAUAGCCCGCCACGCGCACACAUAUCUGGUGUAGCCUCUGAAUCAGGCCACGACAUCUCGCCUCCCCCACCAAAACUGUCCUUUGGAAUAUAUCACGAUCCCAGCAUUAAUUCCACACAUUCGCUUCCUCAUGAAAACACGCGCCGUCAAUCUCCCCUUGAUACCCCUUCCGUCGCCCGGAAUCAGAUACACAGCGCACCUCCGUCUUCUUCGACGACGCCACCUAAUGUAAAAAAAUCUGGCGGGUUGUUCUCGUGGGCUAGAGAGCGUACUAAAUCGAAACCCGCCCUGCCACUAGCAACUAUUGCAGCUCCUCCUACUCCAAGUCCCUCACCGAGGGAUAACUUUAAUUUGAAAGCUUUCCGCCACAUUCGUUCCGAGUCCCCUCCUUCUCUAGCUGAUGUUUCAGAUACCGGACUUCCGCUUCCUCCUGCCCGGCCACGGCCGCGCGGGGACAGUGUUGCUUCAGAAUCCUCUCAAAAGAUAUCUGUUGCAGCAUUUCGUGAAGCACAACGCCGUAGCCGUGCAAAUUCCCCUGUACCUUCAUUCCGACUGCCUUCUUCCCUCGAUACCCUUCGUGUUGAAAAUAUAUCGAGACAGCGGGCUUCUACGGUUUCAACGCCUACCGGAAGUGAACAUCACCUACCAUUUAAUCGUAAUUCGAGUGCGCCCCCGCUACCCAUCUCCGCUAACCGGACUUCGUCCGUUUUGGACACUAGUACUUCAGAGUCGGAUGAUUAUGAUGAAGAAGUGGAUAGUGAUGGCGUGCCUAUCAAGCCUAGUCGCAAAGGCACUGUGACUCCUCGCCCUGGUCCGCGCUCGUGGUCCGAUGCGGGGCAUGUACCUACUACAUCAAACGCUCAGACUCAACGGCCAGAUCCUCCGAAAUGGUCAAAAUCGGACAAUGUGCAGUUACGGCAGCCCGACAAUAUGGCUGCCGUGCGAGCGAGGGCAUCUGUCUCCACUAGCGCUCUCACACCCAACGCUGCUGCCCGUCGUGCGUCGACUUUAGCUGCUGCAAACGCUUCUGCUGCAUCAUCAGAGAAAUCUUUGCCAUUGCCUUUGUCGCCAAGGGUAGCGAAGGGUGACGACUCGGAUACUUCGUCAGAUUCGGAUAAUGAUUCUGAAGACAUGCCUCUGUCCGCGCUCGUUGCACCACGCAGACCGGGAAGUUCUGCAUCCAUAUCCACCAACAGAUCCGCUGGCUCGCGGCCUCGGAUGCCCGCGAAGCCCCUGAUUGAUAUCAAAUCACUCGUAGGAAGUCCUCCGAUGCUCACGCCUGUACUGAGGCACGAGCAUUCAGUGAAAAAAGCGUCUACAAAGGGUAAGGAACGUGAGGUGGACAGGGACGAGCCCUUUGCUCCUCCCCCUGUCAUCAGCUUGACGCCGAGUCGCUUGGCUGAGAGUCCUGCUCCGGUAACUCCCCGUUCACCUUCGGGCCCAGCUCCUAAGAUUUCUUCUCCUACUCGCCAUAAGAAGUCAAGCAGUGAUGUUGGGUCUAUCCCUCGGGCAUCCUCUUCACCAAUCGAGGUUGAUGACGAUUUGAUAGACGCCAUCAGACUCGUUACUUCCUUUGAUCAAUCACGAGAUUCCUCACAGUCGCCUACACAACCAUCCCAACAAGUGCCGCCCCUGCACAUCACUUCACCGCAUGUCGAACGUUUGUCAGACACUGAUGAUAAGACAGAAUCCCCUCGUGACGACCGCAUCGUGCCAACGCCUGUCAGAGAGUAUAAACCACCAGCUUCUUUCAGCGUCACCUCACGCCCUCCGCGUCGAUAUACCACUGAUCUCUCUCAGGCAGUAUCACCAGUUUCGCCGACAACAACGUUCUCCAGUGUCUCCAAGAGGUCUUCUUCCCCACAACGAUCUCCUUCUCCUAUCAAAUCUUCAUUCGCUCCUCGUUCUCGUGCAGGUAUCCUAGCUCAGCAGCACAAUGUACCAUCAACUGACAAGUCAGAUGCUUCAUCCGUCGUCUCAACUUCUCGGUCCUCACGCUCUUCUCGUGUCCCACCUGUCCCUCUCAUCACCGCCGUGCCCGAUUCACCUUCUGUGAAAGCUAGUUGGGGGUCUUCGAAGGAUUUAUACAAGACACGCCCUGCUUCGACGGCAAGUGUGAUGGAUAGCAGAAUAUCUCGACCGCCGUCAGGCACGCUUGUCUCCCCUUCCUCAAGGCCUAGCAUGCCCGCAGUACCACAGCCAUCCAGGUUGCAAUCGCAGUCACUCAUGCCCUCCCGCCCCUUCGCCAGUAAUAGUUCUUUACGAGGCGAUAGUCCCGCCGGCAGCUCAACAGGUGACUCUAGCAGUGGUCUUGGUGCGCCGUUCACUCCUCGUGAUGGUAGUGAUAUUGGGAUGAACGCUGGGCGGAGGGAUGAAAGCGAUGUGGACUUGACGCUCAAGGCGCGCGGGCCGAAUGCAAAGCAGUCGACUGUGAGCUUUAAGGAUGAUCCGCCGCGUGGUCGUGAGAGGGUGAAGAAUGAUGCUGCUGAUGAGGAGAAGCGGAAUGAGAGGAGACGGAGUGAAGCGAGGUCUGCUAUUGAGGUUUGUGUUCUAUUUUGUGAUUGUUGAUGGUCGUUCUGACUUUUUGGUCGUAGUUCGGGAAAAUCGUCAAUGGUCGUGGACCCAUUGUGCACAAUGGUUCUGACGAUGAUCUUGUGCCUCAGCAUGGACAGCGGAUGAGCAUUAAUCCUACUAUGGGCUUGGAUGGCACGAUGCCUGGGAUGAACGCUCCUGCGUGGGGAGCGUGGCAGCAGCCCAUGCCGACAGGUAUGGGACCUAUGAUUGCUCCUCAGCUCAGCCCCGACCAGAGCUUCUUCGUUGCUCAC